AUCAUGUCUCAUUUAGUGAGGUAAACUGGUUUUAACUUCGGAAGCGAUUAUCCUCAGAAGUUAGCUACAGCCUCCCUUUAGGCAUGUUCCUACAUGAUUCUUACGUGAAGUAUAUAAUGCAUUUUAUUCCAAGUUUUCUUUUUAGGUGCAUGUUUCAUAUUAAUGCAGAAGUGUUGGCUAUUGAAUGUCCUAUUUGGACAGCGAUGUGAGUGCUGAAUGUAUUUGUAUGUGAGCAUGUGUGUGUGUGUGUGUGAGCGUGAGCGCGCGCGUGUGUGAGUGUGAUCGCUGGGUGGAGCAGCAGUGUACGGCAGGUCUUGUCUCCUCUCUCGGUUGAGCGGCUCAUUGCGGCGGCUGGAGAUCCAUCGAGCGGCGGCGGAAUGUCGCUCCGGUGUCCGUGUGCGUGAAGAGCAGGUGGAGGAUGAUGAUGGAGGAAUCCGACAGCAUCCCCUGUACCGCGGAGGACGGACUCCUGUCGAGCUGGAGAUGGAACAGAACCGCCAGGGAUCAGGUCCAGAUCAAGCAGAAGAUCAGAGAUCUGCCCGGAUUAUUAAAACACGGACUGAACCUGCGCAAAAAAAGCCAGUCACCUGACACCAUCCCGGGACCCAGCACCGGCGUCACACCCAAACCCAAGACGUGUUCACAGAGUUUUCCCUGCGCUGGACGAGCUCUGAGAAAUGCGUUUCUGUCUCAUGGACCGUAUCCAGCAAAAGACAAGAUCCACCUCGCUCGGAUCAUCAGGAGGAGUUAUGUUGGAGUGGAGCUGGUCCAGUGGCUCCUGGAACAGUGUGUGUCGGUUCAGUGCCGGUUAAUGGCGUCUCGUGUCUGGCAGGUGCUUCUGGAGCUGGGAAUACUGCACUCAGUGGACCAGCGGCUGGUCUUUGAAGACUCAAACACGUACUAUCAGUUCUCGUUUGAGGAGUGUGACGCUCAGGGCUGUGAAUUUCGCAACGAGGAGGAAUGGCAGAACGGUGUCCGUCUUCUGCUGCAGCUCGUGCCCUACGUCCAGUUCAGGGUCGUCAGCCCACCCGAGGAAGACCCCGACAGAAAGCGUGAUAUCUGCAGUGAGAUACUCCAGAUGAAGGCUCUGGAGAGACUCACGUCUACAGUGCAGAAUGAACUUGCUGCUGCUCUCGCAAGAAAAGCCAAGAAAUCAAUGUCAGAAGACGAAAGCUCGGAGACAUCAGACUGUUCUCCACAAGAAGCCCCAAAACCCACUGAAGACAAAAGCAAGCAGGCGGGCGUCUGCGCUCUCCGAGCUCCAGAGGACUUCUCGCGGUUGGACGUGGUCCAGCGGUUGGCCAAGGAUGGGUAUCGCUUCCUUCAGAACCAGAACUACCGGCUCCCGGACCGCUCCGCACAGGCGCAGGGGGAAAGUGUCGUGCGCGUCUGUCUGAAGGAGAGGGGUCAGGACGUGCUGGUUCUCCAGCGAGUCCCGUCAGAUCCUGCGUCUCCACAAACGGCCGGAGUCAAAGACGACGAUGGCGAUAAGAGGUACGUCGUGGUGUCUGGGACACCCCACAAGAUCCUGGAGCACCUGCUGAGUGACCUGCGUCUGGACGAGCACCAGGGGGCGACGGAGGGCAAAGAGGCGGAAAUGCUUCUGGACGACUUCCUGUUGACGUAUCUGGUCUUCAUGUCCACCAGUGAGCUCUGCCAAGCCCUGCUGGGACACUACUGUACGAAGCGCUGCCGAGGGAAGGAGGAAGGGAAGGAGGCCCUCUACAGGAAGAGGAAGGUCCUGCACCUGGUCUCCCAGUGGAGCACGCUCUACAAGGACUUCCUGCGGGAGGAGGAGAACGUCAAACUCUUCAUGAAGACAUUGUAUCGAUACGUGCUGGAGGACGUUUAUGAGUUCCCCAUGCUGGAGAAGGACCUGAAGGAGUUCCAGAAACUUCUGCGGAGGAGACAUACGGUGGACGACUAUUCUCCACAUCAAAAGAAUAAAGCGCUCUACCAGCAGCUGAGUCUGAAGGAGAACUGUGUUCCUCUCCGAGGGUCUCCAGUCGAGACUAAAGACGUCAUGUGUCGCGUGUACGUGAGCUGUGAUUCGUAUCUCAGUAUGCGGGUGAAGCCUGCGGUCGUGGCUCAGGAGCUGCUGCACAUCGUGGCUCAGCGGAUGGACAGAUCUGAAGACGACAUGAUGCUGGUGGUCCAGACGUACAGCGGAGAGAAGCGUGUCCUUCAGCCGCACGACAGUAUUUAUUCAGAGUCUCUGGUGGCGCCCGGCAGACUGAUCGCCUGUCGAAGAGACCUCAGCGAGAUCCUGCCGCCCCUGACUGAAUGUCCUGAGUUGGGACAGAAGCCUGUCAGACUGCUGGGUAUCAACACGUGGGACGUGGCCGUGGCUCUUACCAACUUCGACUGGAAUCUCUUCAACUCCAUCCAUGAGCAAGAGCUGAUCUUCUACACGUUCAGCCGUCAGGCCAGCAGUGGACACACGGUGGCGCUGGAGUUCCUGCUGCAGCGCUGCAAUGAGGUGCAGCAGUGGGUGAUGUCAGAGGUGCUGCUGUGUCCGUCGCUCGGGAAACGAGUCCAGCUGCUCAAGAAGUUCAUCAAGAUCGCUGCUCACUGUAAAGCGCAGAGGAACCUGAACUCCUCGUUUGCCAUCAUCAUGGGCUUAAACACCGCAGCCGUCAGCCGCCUCAACCAGACAUGGGAGAAAGUUCCUGGAAAAUUCAAGAAGCUUUUCUCUGAACUUGAGCUGUUGACGGAUCCAUCUAUGAAUCACAAAGCCUACAGAGACGCUUUCAAGAAAAUGAAGCCGCCUAAAAUACCCUUCAUGCCUCUGCUGCUUAAAGAUAUCACCUUCAUCCAUGAGGGGAACAAAACAUUUCAUGAUAAUCUGGUGAAUUUUGAGAAGCUGCACAUGAUCGCCGACACCGUCCGCCUCAUUCGCCACUGUCAGACGGAUCAAGCAGGAAAUGAGCUUUCCCCGUGUGACAGUGCUGAAGUGCGAUCGAGUGUCCAUUACCUUCACAUCAUUGACAAUCAGCAGACACUGUUUGAACUGUCUCACAGACUGGAGCCCAGAGUCUGAGAGAGCGAGAGCGCCGCCUGCUGGACGUUCACUGGAAACGCAGUUGCGCUCCUCACGGAUAGGUUGAGUUGCUCUCACACAUGACGGCAUCUUCAGCGGACACACAGACCGAUUCCAGCUCCCAGCACUGACUGAACGGACACUGUUAGUGGAUAUUAGUGGGAUUUACUCCACCAGGGGGCGUCACAGAGCUCUUUCACAGCCAAAUUGAUGAGAGAACACAGUAAAUCAGUCUGCUUGAGCACACAAGUUGUGUUCUCUUGAUGUGAAUAAAGUGUUUAUUUCGUAAUGUCAAAAAUAGAUAAGUCGAUAAAAGCUUUUUACCUGUCCGCAGGAAAAGUGUAAACUUUAAAGCAUUGUUUUGUUGAAAUGCUACCAGCAUUCUGGACCAUAUUUAUAUAAGAAUUUAUUACUUAGACAGUUAGGGCUGGGCGAUAUUAUAGUGAUAAUAGUAUAUUAAAAUUAAUAUUUUAAUUUUAAAAAAGAUGUAAAAUAUAUAUUUUAAUUUUUUCAGCCUUUUGAACGUGUUCGGUAUAUAUUAAUUUUUAUAUAUUUGCUCUGAAGGCUGAUUUCUUCUAGGAAUUUCAACCAAAUAGAAAUUGUUGCCAGUUAGAUUGAAAAUGUUUAAUGCAAGUAGUAAAAUACAGUAAAUAUAACAGUACAUAAAUAGCAAUAUUAACAUAUAAAAGACUUGAUGCAAACAAAUCAUUGAAUCAGAGAUUUGAAUUAGUUCAUUAAAAAAAUACAGUUUGAAAAGAAUCAAACUUUUAAUUGCUACUGAAGUCAAAAUCAGAAACUCGAUGGCCAAAUAAAAUCAUCACAAUGUUGCUUCAUUUUAUAAAUAUGAUAUUUUAUAAACACACACACACACACACACACA